CGCGGGGCGGGGCGCCGCCAUGACGGCGGGCGGAGCGGCGUGUGCCCGCCCCAAGAUGGCGGCGUGCAGGCAGAUCACAAGCAUGGAAACUGGCAAGAACAUUGAAGAUCAUUUGAAAGUCCACAAAAUGAAGAAGAAGAUACUGAGGAAGCAGAUCAGAGCCCAGCAUACGUUGAUGAGACACGAGGGCAUUGAGUGCAUCUCCCAUGCUACGCAGAGCCUAGUUAUUGCCAAUGCUGGCCUGGGUAAUGGGAUGAGUAGACGUCAACUGCACAGGAUAGUAGAAAAUUAUGGAAUGGUGGAAACACUUCUAAUGCCACCGAAUAAACCAUAUUCAUUUGUGAAAUAUGAGUCAACAGAGGAAGCCAAGAAAGCGUUUGAUGCCCUGAAUGGAAAAGAAGUAACGCUGGAAGACUCUGACCAAGACAUUGUUUUGUAUUGUAAUUUUGUGGAAAAAGUUUGCUGGAAGAAUUCUGUUCCUACAAGCUUGCCUCCAGACCUCAAAGUCAUUGAAAAUAUUAUUUCUCCAGAGGAAGAAAGGAAGAUGCUGGAAAGUAUUGACUGGAGAGGAGAUGAAAAUGCUCAAAAUGCCCAGAAGACUUUAAAACAUAGAAGAGUAAAACAUUUUGGAUAUGAGUUUCGCUAUGAUAACAACGAUGUUGAUAAAGACAAGCCUUUACCUGGAGGUCUUCCUGAAAUUUGUAUCCCAUUCUUAGAGAAAUGCUUGAAGCAGGGAUAUAUCAAGCAUAAACCUGAUCAACUGACUGUAAAUCAGUAUGAACCUGGACAAGGAAUUCCUCCUCAUAUUGAUACACAUUCUGCUUUUGAGGAUGAAAUAAUCUCUCUCAGUUUAGGAUCUGAGAUUGUGAUGGAUUUCAAACACCCUGAUGGCCACACAGUUGCAGUUAUGCUGCCUCGAUGCAGCUUAUUGGUGAUGACUGGUGAAUCCAGAUACUUGUGGACACAUGGGAUUACACCCAGAAAAUAUGAUGUCAUUCAAGCAUCUGAACUUGGACAGAAAGUUGGAACAAUUACUGCUGAUGUUAGAGAUUUAACAUUGAAACGAAGGGAAACAAGGACAUCAUUUACAUUUAGGAAAGUGAGGAGAAGCUCUUGCAAUUGCAUUUACCUAUCUGUCUGUGACAGCCAGAAAGGACAGCAAAGACAAGCGGAACCAUCAUUUCCACACAAUGAUUUGGAGGCCUCAGAACUGGAGCAGGAAUAUGUACACAAGGUGUAUGAAGAGAUUGCCACACACUUCAGUAGUACCAGGCACAGCCCGUGGCCCCGGGUUGUUGAGUUUCUCAGGUCGCUGCCAGAAGGGUCAAUAGUUGCUGAUGUUGGUUGUGGUAAUGGGAAAUACCUAGGCAUCAACAGGGAUUUGUACAUGAUCGGCUGUGAUCGCAGCAAAAACCUUGUGGAUAUUUGUGGAGAAAAAGAUUUCCAGGCUUUUGUCUGUGAUGCCCUAUCAGUGCCAAUCCGGAGUGGUUCUUGUGAUGCCUGCAUCUCUAUUGCUGUCAUCCACCAUUUCUCAACAGCAGAAAGAAGGCUGGCAGCUAUCCGUGAACUAGCCCGGCUUCUAAAGCCUGGUGGAAUGGCACUCAUUUAUGUCUGGGCAAUGGAGCAAGAAUACAAGAACCAGAAGUCUAAAUAUCUUAAGGAAAAGCAUGGCAGCAAAGACAAGGAGGAGGCAAGCAAUACUGGCAUGUCCCAGAGACUUCUUGAUGGUCAAAAGCCUGAUAGCAGCUGCCGAGGAUCAGCAUGUUCUGACCGACUCCUUGAUGACUCAGAGGACAAAGGCUGUGCUGCAAAGCAAGUAGUGGACUCCACGCUGCCUGUUCACACCAACCGGACCUCCUUUCACUCUCAGGAUAUGCUGGUUCCCUGGCACUUGAAAGGUGGCAUCAAAAAGAAAGGGACAAGUGUUGAUGAAGUGUCAUUUCCAGCGGGCUGUAAGGAGUCGCAAGAACUCAGCCCUGUUUUCCACCGCUAUUACCACGUGUUCCGUGAAGGGGAACUGGAAGCAGCAUGCAGAUCCUUGGACUGUGUGAGGAUUCUAAAGAAUUACUAUGAUCAGGGAAAUUGGUGUGUGGUUCUAGAAAAGCUUUAGACCACGGUACUUCCUCUAUUGCCUUUCUUUUUUGUGGAAGUAUUUUUGAUGCAGACUGUAGCUAUUAGCUCUUCUAAAAUAUCAGAAUAAAAGAUUGUUUGUUAACAGUAAUGAACACUGUGUGCAUGUGUUAACAAAAUAAUGGCCAAACUCAGAUAGAUAAACACUCAGCAGGGAGUGAGCUACAGGGAAAAAGAUUCAGUGGGUAAAAUACUGGCUGCAGAAGUCAGCAGGACCAGGAUUGAGCUUUUAAAGACCAAGGGCCUGGUUCUCCAUUCUGUUACACCAUUUUGUGCCAAUGGAGCUGUAGUGGUCUCUGUGCACAUUAUCAGCUAAUGGGGGUGGAGUUCUGAGCUGAUCAUUGCAACCUGGAAACGUAAAACUAUAGUACCAAGCUUAGGGCAGACAGGAGGAAAUGAAUGGCACGUAAAGCAGUUUGGCUGCAGAGCCAAAUCAUUGCCUAAAAGUCUGUGACUGACUCCUGUGAUUGACUGUUUCUCAGGUAUUGCACCAGGAGUGGUUGGGGCAUCAGUUAAAUUAAGGAAAGGGAGACUCUUGGUCUAAUUGUUUAUUGAGGCAUUGCCUGGGCUUGUCCCUUACACUGAUUUCUUCUGUUUGAGCCACACGGAGGCAGAAGCACAUCUGAGGCAGAUGAGCCCUCCUGGGAAUGUCUGGGAGUUUGUUUGCAUAUAUUCAGCACACAUCACAUGGCUGUAAGCGUUGGACCGAUGUGUUCGCAGAUUGACUGGUGAGUCUAUGCAGGAGGAACCUUCCUUGCUCCUUGAUAACCUGUGUGGUCAGCUUCUGUGUAGGAGUGGUGUGUGAAGGUCCUGGUGUCAUCAGGCAAGAUGUGCUUCUGGAAAGUGAAGACCUCCUCUGGCAGGAGCAUGGGUCUUCAUAGGGUGUCACAACUUGGUAUGUGUCUCAGCAGAGCCACAGCGGGCUGAGCUCAGACCCUUGCACCCUGCAGGCUUCAGUUGCUGGUGACUGGGCACAGCAGUGCACCUGCUGACUGCUAGCCUGGCUCCCAGACUGAGGGACAGCCACAGCUGGGUGUCUGUGCACUGACUGACCGAACUGGGCUGAUUGCCAUUUCAGGUCACCAUGGAUUCUGUUCA